AGGGCGCCGUCCGCCCUUCCUUCGAUAGGAAACUCGCACUGACGUAAAGAUCCAGAGCAGGCAGGUCCCGGGGUUAAUUAACAGCUUAAAAACAGUUAUUUCACGGAAAAUUCACGCCCUGUUUGCUCUCGCUUCCUCCCGGCUUCUGGCAUUAUCCUUGUUUGGUGACUGAAGCUCUGCCGGUAAAAUACAGCUAUCGAGAGGGACGGACGAUAAGAAAAUAGGCAGUUUAACCUGGUCUAUUGGCAUGGCUGAUGUGCUGAGGCUGCUGCUCAAGGUGGCUGAGAAGGCUGCUAAUGUGGCCCGGGUCUGCAGGCAGGAGGCGCCCCUCUUUCAGCUCCUUGUACAAGAAAAGACCGGAGAUGACAAGAAUAAGAAGUUCGUCCAGGACUUUAAGACGCUUGCCGAUGUGGUGAUUCAGGAGAUGAUCCGACAUGAUGUCGGUGCUCAGUUCCCUGAAAUGGCUGACUUCAUUCACGGCGAGGAGUCUAACAAGUUUGAAAACGGGCUUGGAGAGAGUGUGACAGUCACAGUCUGCCGCACAGAAGAGAAGACGGCAGCAUUGCUCGCCACCGUGCUAGACGGUGACCGCGCAGCAGCCUCUCUGCUGGCUCGAGCCAUCCACCAAGACCCGGCAACCGUCGAAGCGAACACAGACGGCUUGACGAUUCCCCUCAGCCCCUCCGAGCUCGCCAUCUGGAUCGACCCCAUCGAUGCCACAAGCCAGUACAUAGAGGGUCGAGAGGAGGUGCUGGAGGAGGGCCAUUUGUCUCCUUCAGGUCUGCACUGUGCGUUGGUUCUCAUCGGGGUUUACCUCAGAAGCACAGGCGAGCCCGUCAUGGGCGUCAUCAAUCAGCCCUUUCACCACAAAGAUCCAGCAGGUGGAGGAUGGAGGGGAAGGCAUUUCUGGGGCGUAUCCUGUGGCAGCAUCAACGUCUGCUCGGUGUCCCGGCCGAAAGAUGGAGAGGAUCAAGGGCUGUCCGUGGUGCUGAGCUCAAGUGAGAAGCAGGUGGUAAAAGAUGCCCUGAUCUCGCUCUGCAUCCCUGACAAGGUGAUGUACGCCUCUGGAGCCGGCUACAAGAUCCUGUGUGUCAUUCAGGGCCUGGCUGAUGUUUACAUCCUCUCAGAGGGAAGCACCUUUAAAUGGGACUCCUGCGCUCCUCACGCUCUGCUCCGAGCGCUCGGUGGAGGGGUGGUGGACUUGACUAAGAGUCUGCAGUCGACCAGUGGAGUGCAGGAUCAUGCAGCAGAACUGACCUAUCACCAGGCUGACACUGAGUGCAAAGGAGCAGACCGCUGGGCUAACCGUGGUGGCCUGGUGGCUUAUCGAGACUGUUCUAAGCUCAGCGGCAUCAUCGCAGCUCUGAAAGGCAAGCUGUAGAUGAAAGAAGAGCAGAUGUAGUCGUCACACUCUGAAGCAUUUAUUAUCGCAUCAUGUGAUCAUGUUUUUGGUUUCAGUCAGGAGAAAAUGAUGGUAGUAGAAGUUGAAAUAUUUUAAUCAUAAAUUAUACUGUCUUAUUUUUUAACCAGAUGUUUAUGCAGUUAUGUAUAUGUAUCACAAAGUGACAAUCAGGUCUGAGCCAAAUAUUAUUUGCAAAUAUUUGGUGGUAGGUCAAAGCUGGAGCUUAGACAGGGCCCGCUUUGUAACACAAAACAAAGCUUGGAGCCAAAAGCUCCAAAUGUUCAGUUUCAGGCAGCUUUUCUACCAUUUUUAUGAUGUCAUCGAGAGGCCUAUUUUAAUGUGGUCAUAUCGGGCACACAGCUGCAGCGCUGAAUACGCCUGCUGUUCAAAAUCUUCCAUUUAUGAGGGGCAGCCAAUCAGGAGAAAGUUAGCUUAAAGGGAGAGGGGCUAAAACGGCCUGUUUGACAGUGAAUGAACUGAAGGAGGCCAGCGUAAAAUAAAUCCAGCAAAAGCUAUGGGAGAUGAGGCUGGAAAUGAGCACAGGAGUGAAACAAACAAGAGUGAUGUGAUCCUUACAGGACAAUCAACAAUCAGGUUAUAAAAAGAGAGAAAGCACAAAAAUAUGAUUUAUGAAUCAAUCAGGUAAAUCAAAAAAUAGUAGAAGCUGGUAUCUCUCUUAAGGUUAAUUGUCAAUUUAUCAAAAGGGCCAUGUAUAGGUAUUUUAGGUCAAAAAGCACAAAGGUAAUACUGAUGUUAUGCAUUCUGGAAUGGAGCAUCUGCACACACACAUACACAGGAAUAAAGACAAAAAAAAGACCUUCCCUCUCCCUCGCUCAGGUGCACUGAGUGCAUUAGACAGCAGGUGAUGAUGAACAAGUCAUUGCAGUUCUGAUGCAUCUGUUAGCAUCCUCCUUCGUGAUGCAACAAACUAAACAAUAUUUGUGAAUAUGAUUUAGCUCAGACUUGUGUUUAUUAAGUGUUGCAUUUAGCGUGUUUAUUAUAGUUGCAUGGCGCUUGAGUGCUCACUGCUGGGCAGCUGAGGAACACUCCAGGAAAGGUGACGUGGCAUUACAAGGCUGCUUCUGACUGAGCCACGAGAUUGUCUUUGCUUUAAAGAUGCAGUUAUGACUGGGAUAUAAUUUUUUUUCCCUCUCCUUUUCAGGUCUAAUGGGCUGUAAAUGAGUUAAUCAGACUGAAAUAGAGUGGUGUUCGGUUAUCUCUGAAACAAUUCCUUGUAAGGAGCAGAGUGAUACUCUUUUCGUAGCCAUAGCACAGUUAGUUGAAGAUCAGAGCGGGAAAGCCAUAUGAGGUAAAACCCACAGAGAUUCAUUUCCAGUGUGGGUUUAUAGUAAAAUUAAAUAUUAAGCCAGUCUGGAAGACCUGUUCCAGCUAAUAGUCUGCUCUGAGGGCUGCAGCAGAUUCUUAUCAAUAUGCCUCCAGUGCACACCUGUGUAACCUCACUUCAUGUUUAAAAUAUAACUUUGAUAUAUAUUAUAACCAAGAUGUCAUUUAAGUACAAUAAGCAGGAAACAGAACAAACAUUGUGCAUAUAGGAAAUCAUUUUUAUUUUGGAA